AUGUCGGCUUUAAGACUCAACAAAAACCUUUUAAAGCGUUGCAAAAAGUUUAAAUGCUUUUCGACGGCUGUUUUGCAAGAAGAUGAGUACACGGCUACGCCCCAGUACCCACCAAUUCUCGACAUGAGCCCAGAAAAGGUCCGAGAGCGCAGAAAAGAAGAAGAGUAUGAAGGAAUCAAAGCUGUGAAGACAGUCGAGGAAAAACAGAUUAAAUUAAACAUGCCUAAAUAUUACGGUUUCAAAAGCUACAUGUUGUACGAAGAUUAUAUCCCUUACAACAGUUUGCCGUUAAUUCAGCACGUCACAAGGACACAUUUGAUUAAAAACGAAAAUUUGCCGAACUUUUACAACGAUUUGGACGUUACAAGUGCCCUAAACGAUGUAAAAUUGGACAUUGAGGAAGCUAUUUUGAUCGAAUUGGCGAGACAUAGACAAACUCUUGAUUUACAAGGGGACAAAGUGGAGGCUGACAACCGCCUCGGAUUUGCCUUGUCCAAACAAAUCAACCGAAUAAUCACAACUCGAAUGAGUCGCCACUUGCCGCAUUUAAAAGGGGCCCAGGUUGAUUUAAACUCAAGAAUUGAGUCGUUUUGGCUCGCGGGGGGCAUGAGCCCUCCUGAGAACAUCAAACGAUACAGAAGGGGUUGCUCAUGGCAAAAAGACAAAGAAAAUGAGCCAACAAAUCGAGUCAUGAAUUACAUCGGUUCAGCAAACGUAUCUUUAAGAACCGACUUGCCCUUGAAACACAUUAUUUCAUCAAGCGAUGCGGAAAAUCCCGACUUGAGUGUUCCAUUUUUUGAAUUUGAUCCGCGAACUGUCGGCACUGUGGCCAAUCAGCAUCGCCACAUCGCCAACGUUCCAGGUUUUUGGCCUGGUGAUUCCAAGGAGUUUGGUUUUUUGUCGUACCACAAGCGCGGGCAUUUGAUUUCGCGGCACUACGGUGAUGCUAAUGAGCUUAAGGAAGCUGUUGACCGACAGGGAAUUUUAGCGUCGUUUGGUUGGCUAAACGCACAAGCCAACUUUCAGGGUUUUACCACAUUUAAUGACGUCACGUAUCCGUUUGUGACGCAAACUGUGGUCACAAAUGGGCAAGUUUGGUCGUUUUAUGUCUACCAACUUAAUACUAUUGUUAAUCAUUCUAAGUUUUUUACGGAAAAUGCGAAACGAAAUGUAUGUUGGGGAACCCCCGAGGUUAAGUUGUUUGAAGGGGUGGAGAAUGAUAAGUUGGUUGGGUUCAAUGAUGAGGUUUUGAAAAUGUUGCUGAAAUUUUAUGCCAACGUGCCUGAGGUGAAACUAGGCGUUAAUUUGAAGCCGUUUUUGGGGAAAGAAGAGAAGUUUAUCGCUGAUUAUGAGGAUGGGGAUAAGAGAGAAUGGCUUGAGAGGGAAUAUAAAUUUUUAGUAUCAAAUAGGCCGAGGGCUAAACUCGAGUAUGAGAUUUACGCUUGGGAAAAAAUUUAUAAAAUUGAUCACCAGACGAGGUUUAUGGAUCAGAAGAAAAGGCCUUUUGAGUUUAAAAUUAAACCGUCGAAUAGAAGGCUGGAUGAGCGAUUACCGAGGUAUAUUCCGAGGGCUUUGAGGCCCGAGUUGCCACGACAUAAAGGACGAUACGCCAAGGAGUAUUUCCCCUAAAACUUGGCAAAUUUGUCAAUAGAUUGUAAUACAAAUAAAAUAAUAAAAAAGUAAAACAAAAACAAA